GAAUGACCUAAACAAUGCCCCUAUCCCUAAAAACAAUAGCUGUGCUUUACAAGGCCAAUGGAAAUAGAGGUUUUCGAGAGCUGCAUGGUAUCUUAAUCAUACUGCUUAAUUUGCUGUGGUUGUUGUAUAAUUCUUUCUAGGUGGAAGAUUGUUAUCCAUGGUGGCAUUGACGGGUAUUCCAGAAUGCCUGUAUACCUGCAUGCUUCAGACAAUAAUAGAUCCUGUACAGUUUUGCAACUUUUUAUCAAAGCUGUUGAGGAGUACGGACUGCCCUCUCGUGUGAGGUGUGACCAAGGUGGGGAGAAUUUUGAUGUUGGGACAUAUAUGUUGGAACUUCGUGGAACUGGCCGUGGCAGUAUUAUAGCAGGUAAAGUAAUAUUUAUUUUGACUUGAAGUGGCUUUUGGCUGAGAUCUAACAGUUUUUAUUAUAUGGAAUAUAAUUUUGCUAGCACCUUUUCUUUUAGGAAAGAGCACACACAACCAAAGGAUUGAGCGUCUGUGGCGUGAUGUCUUUGAAGGAUGCUUGGAUUUGUUUUAUCAAAUAUUCAAUUUUUUAGAGAGGAAUGGAUUUCUUGAUGUCUUGGAUGAUGUGCAAAUGUGGUCUCUCCACUAUGUUUAUGUUCCUAUACUAAACAGGCAUCUGGAGGCAUGGAAAAAUGCCUGGAUUUAUCAUCCCUUAAGAACUGAAGGAAACAAAUCCCCACUACAGUUAUGGAUUCAUGGUCUUAGUCAUACAAUGCUGAUGACAUCCGGAGAUCAAGUACAGGUAAUAGGC